AUGCCCCGGGCCGACAACAAAGUCCCACGUGACCGGCGGCGCGCCGAGCCCAUCAUGGCGUCUCCCAGCGGCAGCCGGCCGCAGCCCGGCGGGCAGGGCGGGGGCGGCGGCAUCGGGACCGGAGCGGGGGUUCUGCGAGGCGCCGAAGAAGACGCCGAGGGGUUGUACGUGGCGGUGGAGCGCUGCCCGCUUUGUAACACCACACGCCGCCGCCUCACCUGCGCCAAGUGCGUGCAGGGCGGGGACUUCGUCUUCUUCGACGGCCGCGACUCCGAAAGGUUUUCAGACAAGAAAGAAAGGCUGAUGCAUCUUAAGACCAAACAGAGAGAAUUCCAAAAACAUGUUUUGAAGGCCAUGGAAGGCAAAGAGAUAACUGAUCAGCUGAGAUGGAAAAUAAUGUCUUGCAAGAUGAGGAUCGAACAGCUGAAGCAGACCAUUUGCAAGGAGAAUGAUGAAAUGACAAGACAUGCAGAGGGGCUUCUGAGAAUUAAAGAGGAGAACCAGAAGCAUUAUCGCAGGGCUCAGAGGCAUCAGGAGAAGAAGGAGAAGAUCCAGAGGCACAACCGCAAACUGGGGGACUUGGUCGAGAAAAAAACCUACGACUUGAAAACCCAGCAUGAACACCUGGCAAACCUGCGCCGGACGCAUAUCCUGGAGCUGACAUCAGUCAUAUUUCCCAUUGAAGAAGUAAAAACAAGCGUGAGGGAUCCUGCAGAUGUGUCUUCUGAGAGCGACAAUGCUAUGACCUCCAGCACUGUGAGCAAGCUUGCAGAAGCCAGGAGAACCACGUAUCUCUCUGGGAGGUGGGUGUGUGAUGACCACAAUGGGGACACCAGCAUCAGCAUCACGGGGCCUUGGAUAACCCUUCCUAAUAACGGAGACUACUCAGCAUAUUACAACUGGGUUGAGGAGAAGAAGACUACACAAGGACCAGAUAUGGAGCAUAAUAACCCUGCUCAUACCAUCAGUGCUGCAUUGUGCUAUGCAACCCAGCUCGUUAACACUUUGUCUCUCAUACUUGAUGUAAAUCUUCCCAAGAAGCUCUGCAACAGUGAGUUCUGCGGGGAGAAUCUCAGCAGGCACAGGUUCACAAGAGCAGUGAAGAAGCUGAAUGCUAAUAUCCUUCACCUCUGCUUCUCUCAGCAUGUCAAUUUAGAUCUGUUGCACCCACUGCAUACACUCAGGAACCUCAUGUACCUGGUCAGCCCAGACACUGAGAACUUGGGCAGGUCUGGCCCUUUUGAAAUCAGUGCUGACCUGGAAGACUCCAUGGAGUUUGUGGAUCCCAGUGCCACUGGUGAGACAGAUGAAAGCGGAGAUGAGCACGUCAGCGACGAAGAGACGGAUCUGGGGACAGACUGGGAGAAUCUGCCGAGCCCCAGGUUCUGUGAUAUCCCUUCCCAGCAGGUGGAGAUGCUGCAGAGCCAGAGCACGCAGGUGUCACAGCCCAUUGCCAGCAGCAGUGCUGGUGGGAUGAUCUCCUCUGCUGCUGCCUCAGUGACCUCAUGGUUUAAGGCGUACACCGGACAUCGCUAACGAGCAUGGGAAAAGGAUCACAGGAUUUUGGAAGGAAUCCCUCCCCAGCAAUGCUGUAGUCAACCUUACAUAUUCAGUUAAGUAGUGCCUGGAACAAAGAAAAGGUCAGACUUCAAUUUUGUAAACCAGAAGAACCUUUUUAUUGACCCAAGAUGACUGUGAUGGUACCGUUUUGUAAAUUAGCUAGCUACGUAAUUCUGACGGAUUCUGUGAUGGCACUUUGUGUCUUGGUUCUGUCUGCAUUGUUGGAUAUCAAAGGAGGACCCAGCGGCCUCCAGCUCUGUUUCCUAAAGAAGAAACAGAUUCUGUAGUGUUUGGAUCCAAACGAGUACAGAGGGAAGGCUGCUCAGUAUUCAGUCUGGACGGUGGUGCAAAUGCAAUUCACGUGUUCUUAACUCCUUACAGGGUUUAUGUUCGUGUUUUAAAUCUGUCUUGCAUAAUGGAAAAAUGCGUAUUUCUAGAUUUUCUUUUUUCAUUCAGGACAUGACAAUUAUGCAUUUUUAACAUGUUUUCUAAUCUCUGUUGCCAUAUUUUUUUAAUAUGGAGAAUCAGCAUGGACAAGAAUUCACACAGCAGGUCGCUCUUAUUUCAGGUUUGGUUGUGGAUCUUGACCCAGUUUUGCUGUAGGAAACUGGCUUGCUCCAUGCUGCUUCCACCAGUAGGCAGUCUCCAAGUACCAUGUUGUGCUCUCCAGGCACGAUGCUCUUUACUCUUGAUACCACACACCAAAGAAACACUGGAUGUUCUUCUUGGCUAGACCCACAUCUGACACCGUUGUUGCAAUAAGACUCAUCAGUUACACCAUGUUGCCACUUUUAAUACUAGAAAAACCUCAUUUCAAACUAGCUUCAUGAAGCCCCAUGUUCUACAUGCUACGCGCAUUUUAAACCCUGUUCCAUUUUGUGUUGCUGGUGGGUUUUUCUUUCUGUUCUUGUUUGCUGAUUGUCAAGGAGCUGAUUUCAUCUCACUGCAGUGCUGCUCCCAGGGCAGCUGGCGUGCUCACAGAACCACAGGAGGUGUGAUGCUGACAGGGGUUUGCUAACAAGUGCUCCUCCACUUCCUGUGCCUCGUGGGAUGCAUCGCUUAAAGAUGGUUUUGCUCAGUGAGGCUUCCAUUGUAUGGUUUACAUUUCAUGCAGCUGGGAUGUUGUACUUCUUCAUGGGCAUUUGUGUGAAAUCAUCCUCCCAUCCCUCUCAGAUGGAAGAUUUCAGUCUUCCCUGUUGAAGCAGCUGGGUAUGCAAGUGAUGCACACAGAGGUGAGGCACAUAGAGGCAGCAUCCUUGUGCACAGCAGAAAGGCAGCACCAGACCUGCUGAGCUCUGUGCCCAGUAGUACAGCCCAGCUCUGUCUUACACAGCAGCUCUUGGUCUUUGGGAUGGGAAUCUGUUUGGGGUUUCUUUGAACCAAAGACCCUUAACUCUGCACUAACAGCCUGUACACUGUUCUACGAAGACAUCCUUGGUCCUAAACCCAAGUUAGGUUCAUUCUGGGAAGCAGUUAAACAAACAGCGUAGACCCCCUUGACUACUGCAGUCUUGGCCCCACUGCCUACUUACCCCUUAGAAGCUGUUGGUGUCUGAGCAGCCAGCACCCACCAAUGCCCUACGCUGGGCUUUUAGCAUCACACAGCCCAUCUUGCUUCCCUAUAUUUUUACUACACAUUUCAAUCUCUCUCAUUGCUGCCUUUGUGUUACGUAGAGCCCUAAUGGCCAGGCCACGGUUCUGUUUGGAUGCUGCCAUUUAUGGAUUCUGGGGUGAAAAAGCCACCACCACACCACCUUCUGAAGCCAUAUUCGUAUUUUGACCAUGGUGUUUGCCAAAUAAUUUCUUUGCAACCAUGCCACAGAGUGCACGGUGGUGCUGUGAGGGUGUUAAUGCAUCGAGACUCGUCCUUUCAAGGAACAAUUUUGUAACAGAAUAGUGUUGUUUUUAAAGUCUUUUGCACAUGGGUAGCUAAAGGAGAGUUACACGUGUCCGAACCUCGUGUGCAAUCGGUGGGAUUGAUUUUCCAAGUUGUUUGGGGGUGAGGGAGGGAAGGAAGCACUGUCUGCUCAUUGGAGGUUUCUGUAGGCAGCCAGCUGAGUUUGCAGGACAGUUGGUGUGGGAUGUGGGCAGCAGUUCCAGCUCAGGCUGAUCCCUGCAGCUGGGUUUGGCCAUUGUGACUUCCCAAUGAGAUGGAAUUAAAUACGAUUUUUUUUUUCUUUUCUAAGUUUUAUUGUAUUACUGCAAUAAAUCUUUAACAGUAAUUUUUUUUUUUUUUUAAGUGGUAGAAUUGUCACUUCUUCGUGGUUUGAAAUGCUCUGGGGGUUACACAAUUUCCAGCCUUCGAAGCAUCACAGGCACCAGCCCUGCUACAGUGCAACAGUAAAAUAUGCAGCAGUAAGGUAAAAAAAAAAAAAGAAUACAUUUGCUUUAAACAGUGGCAUCUCCAUUGAGGCACACCUCUCUCUAUGCAUGGGAUUCAUCAGUUUACAUGCAAGCUUGGAGCUUGUUGUUGUCUUCUCAUUUUUCUCCACCCUCAAAGUGGCCUCGGUCAGUGAAGGUGACCAGAAUCUCACAGCUUGUUCUAAGCAAAAUGACCUCACUGGUUCCUUAUCUAGUUACAAAAUAUUUUCCUCUGCUGCUUCUAUUUCAGCCCAGCAGUGACUUUCCUCACCACCAUCAGCGCCACACAUUUAUCUCCACUUUUCCAGAGUUCUGGGCGGGGGGCAGGAAAGCCCUUUCUUCUCCCUCUUCCUUAAUUGAAAUUAAGGUGUGGCCUUUGAUCCCAACAGCUCUGGCAAGAUUUCAACCACAGGGCAGUCCUGCUCAUCCUGGCCCUGUACCCCAUUAUGAAUCCAAGUCACAAUUGCCCAGGGGAUGCCCUUUCUCCUCCAUCAGCUGCCCCUCCAUGCAGCUUUCUGACCACCUUCCUCCUCGCUGGCACUGCAGAGGGCAGAGCAGCACCCAGGCGUAGCUACAGCAAGAACAGCAGCAGCAUCCCUUACAAAGCUCAGCCCUUACAAAGGGCUCUACAUUUUCUUGCACAAUAAUUCAUCAUAAAUAUAAACCUAACCUUCCACAAAGCCUCCUGCCCAUCCAUUCAUGGCCACUGCUGGCCCAGGGAUGGCCCUGUCAGCUCUGAGAUGCUGCUGGUCUGGCUGCAGUGCUGCCUUGUCCUAGGCCAGGGUGAGGGAUCAGUGCUAAGGCACCACUGCUGCUCUUCCCUGGGCUCCUCUCUGCAGAGCAGAACAGCCACUGCUGUGGGUUCUGCCCCAGAUUUCAGCCCUCUAAGGCACAGGGACUGCACUGCAAGAAAGCAAAUGCUCCAACAGAUGCCAUCCUCAGCUCCUAUGAAGAGUUCAAGGAAUCACCACCAUUCAUUUGUGCUUCUGACAGCCCUGUGAGCACUGACACACAGCAGAAAGAAGCAGGCAGAGGCUGGAGCAGAGCACUACAAGGAAGGGUUUUUGUUUCAUAGGAUUAUACUGCAAGUCUGAGCUCCACCGCAACACCAAGUUCUCACCUCCUGUUUUACAGCAUUUUUCACAAGACCAAGGCAGCUAAGGCAGAUCUAGAAUGCACGUUUUAUUUAAGUAAAAAAAAAAA